AUGGCUGGCGUCUCCAUGGGAUUGGCCCCUCGCCGCCAACUCCCGCUCGAGGUUUUGCACUCUAUGCCUAAGUUCUUGCAUGAUCUUGACGCUGUCAGCUCCCGUUCCCCUGAAGGAGCGUCUUUCGGGGGUCUGGGUGUACAUCUGGUUGGGUUGAACGGAGAGUCUCAGUCGUUCGACAGCGCCAGCUGUCGAGCUCGCUCUGCUCAAACGGGCCCCGCCUCCUUCGCGAAGUUCCUCCGACGUGAUGGGUCGCUCCAUGUUCGCACUGGGAAUCCCCACAGACGGUGCCAAUGUUCGAUACCUGGUGACCUCGUGUUAUCGGUAGAUGAUGAAUGGGAGAGAGAGGAGAGUUCCGAGUUGACGUGGAGCGGUGGAAAUCGUACACCGGUGACAUCGGAGGGUGGACGGAGAGGGGGAUGGCCACCUGCAAGGACACUCCAACGAUCAAGUCAGAGUCCCUUGCUCCUAGCUCUCUACUUCACUUGCAUAGGUGGAGGAAGUGCCAAGGCAAAAGAGAAUGCAGCAAUAAUGAAUAGUUUCAUUGAAGAACAAGAGGGGCAUCUAGAGCUUCCAUUGUUUGAUCUAUCUGGUUUAGCUAAUGCUACUGGUAACUUUUCAAUAAAAAACAAGUUUGGAGAAGGUGGUUUUGGACCUGUAUACAAGGGAUUAUUGAAAAAUGGGCAAGAAAUUUCUAUUAAAAGACUUUGUAGAGGUUCUGUACAAGGGCUUAAAGAAUUCAAAAAUGAAAUUGCACCGAUUGUCAAACUUCAACAUCGUAAUCUUGUGAAACUUCAUAGAUAUUGCAUUCACAAUGAAGAGAAAAUGCUUAAUUCAUCUUCUGGUUUUGAUCAAAUUUGGAAAAAUAUUGAUUUUUAUGAACAACUUUCUAGAUCAAACACGGAGAAAGUUCUUGGAUUGGUUGAAGUGUUUUCCGGAUAUAUGGCACCUGAAUACGCAAUAGAUGGAAACUUGUCAGUAAAAUCUGAUGUCUUUAGCUUUGGCGUUUUGUUACUGGAGAUACUAUCCGAAAAGAAAAACAAAGGAAAUCAUUGGGAAAAUGAAAGCACAGAUCUUAUUGGCUAUGCAUGGGAUUUGUGGACUAAAGAAAGGCCUCUAGAAACUGUUGAUGAUAUUCUAAUAGAGUCUUGUAACCUCUCUCAAGUAUUGAGGUGCAUUCAUAUUAGUCUUCUCUGUUUGGAGCAACAUCCAUAUGCUAGACCAGACAUGUCAUCAGUGAUUAUGAUGUUUGGAAGUGAAAUUGCCUUGCCUAAGCCAAAACGACCUGCUCUAUUUAUUGGAGAAUAUGCAUAUCAAUAUGAUCCUGCCAACGAAUUCAGUAUCGAAGUCCUAGAAUCUAGAUGA